AUGGGAUCUCAACAUCUCGAGGGCCUAAACCUGACCCGGAAAUUCACUAUCCCCUGUAGCCAAUUGACUUCACCUACGGACUCUCUACUAACAAUAACCCUCUUGCUUCGCGAGAUGAACAUUCCCUUCGACUUGUAUCGCGACAUUUUCUUUGUAGACAUACAUCUAGAAGAAGAUUUAAGAGUGCUUGGGGACGCGGGGGAUCAUUUGCUGGCAAAAAUAAGAGAAUUCGCUUGCGACAUGAUGCUGAAGCCGUACAAUGUGGGACACAAUGUUCUUCCAAUGAAUUUGAGGAUCUUAAGGUAUGUGAGAAUACCUCCUGUUCAGUACUUUGCUUGGGAAUCUUGGUUCGCUAAGGAGAAUGAGAGUCCAUGUUUUGGACAAGCGUACAAGAAUGCCAUUAGCCGACCUAGAACCAAACGAGAAUUGAAGUAUGGAAUCAAUCCAGAGAAUGAUGAUGAAGUCACCAACUUAGCUGUUCUUUUGAGCCUAGGUCGCAAGAUGAUGGACUUGAACUUGUCUAAUUAG